CCUCACGAAUUUUCAACUUCCACCUUCUGUCCAGGAAUUCUGCGAGCCGAAUCAGAAGAUGUACUCUUGCAACCUUUCUCAGUCUCAGUAUGGUUUUCCGGUGCGGUUCCUCGACACCUCGCUCACUCAAACAUUCCCAUUAAAAUCAGUGUAUCCCUGAACGAAGAGUAUCAAUUAUUCACAGUACCUGUGAUUGAGAUAGCAUCUAAGCGCUCCAGGGAACCUUCUAACAAUGUAAGUAAUUUAACUUCCAGUCAAUAUGAACCCUUCUCCGCAUCUGAUGGCGACACGUCCAUUCCAUUCCUCCCCUUACCGUCGACAUUCAAUCAUAUGGACUCCGACCACUGGGCAGAACUCUCCAGCACUAUACAGUCGUGGCUCGUGACGUUAGCGGAUACAGUGACGCCUGAAUGGACUUGGGGUCGUGAUGCAUUCUGGUAUGCAUUCGUCGCUGCCAAUCCCGACUUCCCCAAUGGCAAGUGGGCUUUCUGGAAUCCCAGUAUCCCCCUUGAGGGUCAAUUCAUCGAGGAGUGGGUG